GGCUCGCUCCCUGCGCCUCUCAGCCGUCCCCAGAAUGGUCAGGUACCAUCCUAGCAUCUGGAAGCGUCGUUCCCAUGAAGCGCCUGGGAAGGUCGACAGGACCUGGCUGCCUCGUAUCAUCUUCCAAUCCGCGAAGCGGUGCGCGCGUAAGGCCGUCCCUACAGCCGUCCUUUCCCGACUGGGCUCGCACAUGGGCGAGGAUGCGCUCUCUCUGCAUCCCUAUCCCCAUCAGAAGCCUAUUGAGCCGCUCCCUCCAACGCCUUUGGUACACCCCAAGCGCUGGCGGAGUCUCCCGAAGUCAUUCGUAAAGCCUGAGAUGCCCAAGAUCGACCCCGCGCGGAUCGCCAUCGCGCAGCCGGGCUACGCAGGGGUCCCCCCCGCAGACGUCAGGGAUGGCUGGUACUUCAUGGGAUACAAGCCUUUAGGGCUCUACCAGAAGCUGUACGUGGACCCGCCGAAGCCUGCGCUCAACGGCCUGGGGAUGUACAACGUCCUCAUGAAGGACCUCGGGCUCGUGUCCAGUGCCACCCACGUCUUUGGUGUGUAUCUCCGAAUGCCGGGCUGGCUGGUCAGAGACCCCGUCUGGCGCCAAGUGAGGACUGGCUUCAGGUGCCGGCGACCGGUCCUGCUCUACCCCACGCACUCCGCGAUCUGGGCCGCACACUGCUCGCGCCUGCCCCCGAUGCCCCCCGCAGAGACCAGGCCCUUGAAGAGCUUCCGGCGGGCGACGGACACGACGCAGCCGGCGUGGUGCCUGCGCUUGCCGAUAGUGCAGGUCCCGCUGCCGUACCCGCCCAAGUUCUUCGUGCUCAUGAUGUUCGUGUACACGCACCUCAAGUGUGUGUUCAUCGCGCACUUGCUGCCGUGCGCGGCGAACUCGAAGCCCAUGCCCGAGGACGGGAAGGUGGGCGACGAGUGUUACUGGACGAUGGUCCACAACAUCGCGGCGGAAUACAAGGACAUGCCUACCGUCUUACGGCUUGCGAAGAACGUGUUCGGGACUUACCAGAACAUGUGUGCGCUCGGGAUGGUCGACGACAAGGCAUGGGAGGCGUUGAAUAUCGCGUGGCGGAUGGUGUUAGAUGUGAUGGAGAUCCUCGAUGCGCGUCAGAGCUCCGAGAGCUCCGCCUAGAACUUGGACGUCUACCUUUCCUUCAGUUGCAUACAUUACAGUUGUGGAUAACUAGUCUUUCUUCAUCUUCAUGUAGUGUUAGGCCCAAUCAGUAAUGCACCACAUCGCCACCUUCCGUUUUCAGGAGACCGCAAUAGCUCUCAAC